AGCAGCGGCCCGGGGCCGGAUACAAUGUAGCCAGGGCGCCGGGCAGGUUACGAUGUAGCGAGGGCUGCAGGAGUCAGGUGGGCUGCCAUGGAGGAUGGUGAGAAGCUGGCCCGGUUCCGGCAGGCGCACCUCAACCCCUUCAACAAGCAGCUUGGCCUGAGGCAGCAUGAGCAGGGGCCCGGUGACGAGGCCCCAGACGUCGCUUCUGAAGAGGCCCAGUUUGAGAUGCUGUCCGAGGAGCCAGAGUUCCACUGCUCUGAACGUGUGAUGGAUCUUGGCCUGUCUGAGGACCACUUCUCCCGCCCCGUGGGUCUGUUCCUGGCCUCGGACAUCCAGCAGCUGCGGCAGGCGAUCGAGGAGUGCCGGCAGGUGAUCCUGGAGCUGCCCGAGCACUCAGAGACGCAGAAGGACGCUGUGGCCAGGCUCAUCCACCUCCGGCUGAAGCUCCAGGAGCUGAAGGACCCCAGUGAGGAUGAGCCCGACCUCCGCGUCCUCCUGGAGCACCGCUUCUACAAGGAAAAGAGCAAGAGUGUGAAGCGAACCUGUGACAGGUGUAACGCCAUCAUCUGGGGGCUCAUUCAGACCUGGUACACCUGCACAGGGUGCUAUUACCGCUGUCACAGCAAGUGCUUGAACCUCAUCUCCAAGCCCUGUGUGCGUUCCAAAGUCAGCCACCAAGCCGAGUACGAGCUGAACAUCUGCCCUGAGACAGGACUGGACAGCCAGGACUACCGCUGCGCAGAGUGCCGGGUGCCCAUCUCCCUGCGGGGUGUGCCCAGCGAGGCCCGGCAGUGCGACUACACUGGCCAGUAUUACUGCAGCCUCUGCCACUGGAAUGACCUGGCAGUCAUCCCUGCCCGCGUGGUGCACAACUGGGACUUUGAGCCUCGCAAGGUGUCCCGCUGCAGCAUGCGCUACCUGGCGCUGAUGGUGUCCCGGCCGGUGCUCAGGCUCCGGGAGAUCAAUCCCCUGCUGUUUAACUACGUGGAGGAGCUGGUGGAGAUCCGGAAGCUGCGCCAGGACAUCCUGCUCAUGAAGCCAUACUUCAUCACUUGCAAGGAGGCCAUGGAAGCCCGUCUGCUCCUGCAGCUCCAGGACCGGCAGCACUUUGUGGAGAACGAUGAGAUGUACUCCAUCCAGGACCUGUUGGAUGCACACACGGGCCGGCUCGGCUGCUCCCUAGCAGACACGCACACGCUCUUCGCCAAGCACAUCAAGCUGGACUGCGAGCGGUGCCAGGCUAAGGGCUUCGUGUGUGAGCUCUGCAGAGAGGGCGACGUGCUGUUCCCUUUUGACAGCCACACUUCCGUGUGCUCUGACUGCUCUGCCGUUUUCCACAGUGUUUAGGUACAAACAGCUUCAGCAUUUAUGACCUAGAGACCUAGCGGAUGUUUGGAAAAGUGAUACACAUACAUUGAAAGAAAAGUAAUGUGAUUCUUUGAUAAGCACGGUUACUAAUGAUGUGUGUGCCUGCUGGACCUGCCCAACUUCUCUCCCCCUGGACUCAAGGGGACAUCCCCAUUUCCGUCCACACUGAUUUUUGCCUGGCACUUAGUGCCUGUCACAGCGGCUGCUGAUGUCACAGCUUUGCGGGGCUGGUAUCACUGUCCCAGAAAGGACUGUAGCAAAAAGUGACAUUGAAAGUGUAAGCUCCCUUGAGCCGGCAGUUAUCCUGAUGUCCGACAGGUGUCGACUAUUGCUGUGUUUCCUUCAAAAGUUUAAACUGGCUCACGGGACCCUGUACACCUCCAGUGCUCCAGGUGGAGGCUCUGCAAGUGGUGACAGGAGGAGGUGGGGAAGUGGAGUCACCAAGGCCUCCAAGCAGAAUUGUCCCUGUCAGACGGUGAUGAGGUGACAGGUGUAGACCCUUAGGAGGGUCCCACACAGAGGCACUGGAUCACAGGCCCGAUACAUAAGUAUAGACCCUGCUUCUGCUCUUUGGGAGAGACUAUGCCUCGGUUUCCCUAUUUGUAAGGGGGUCAACUGGGGUCUGGUAGGAUCACAUGCAGAGAGCCCUGUCCAGUCCCGGGGCUGACCCCUUACCCCAUUCCCAGGGACUGCUAUUAUGACAACUCCACCACGUGCCCCAGGUGUGCCCGGCUCACCUUACGGAAGCAGUCACUCUUCCAGGAACCCAGUCCAGACAUGGAUGCCUAGAGCAACAGAUGCCUUCCUGGGCCUGUCUGGCGCCCAUUCUGCUGGUCAUCACCAAAGCCAAGGUGUCUGGUGUUCUGGAGACCCCUAGGCUGCAGUCCCUAGAUCUCUCCCACUGCUGGGCCUCAGUGGCAGAAGCACCUUGCGGACCCUCAUCCCCCGGGCAUUUCCUGGGAUUCGGGCAGCCUGGCCUGGCAGUGAAGUCUGGGAUGUGCCCCCCACCACACACUGCAGGGCUUCAUGGGCAGGGGAGUGGGGAAGGGCUUUUUGCAUCCCUUGUGGGAGAGCCCCCAUGUCCUUGGGGCCAAGGCUGCUAGACCUUGGCCACCCCUGAAACCCUGGAUCGCUUGGGGGAGUGGCAACAAGCCAGCUGCACGCACCCGGCCUCAGCCUGAGUUUUAUCUGCAGCGGAUGGUUUGGGUUCUUUCUGGAGGCUCCCAUCCCCUCAUCCCCUUGUCUCAUUGGGGACCCCUGAUUGUCCCUGGCUGGGGUUAUUCAGGAUUGUCUCCUGAGAGCCCUGCCCCUGCCCCCCGAGGUUCCUUCUCUCAGGGUCCUCCUCCAGCAGGGCCAGUCCAGAGGUUAUUUGAUCUUUCUAUACAACGUGGAAGGAAGGGGGCCGUGGAGCUUUCUCCAGGUUGGAAAUGCUACUGCCUCUGCCUUGGCCCAGCCCAACUUACCCUGGUGCUCUGGUGUUUUUAGCCUGCCAUCAAGGGUAGGCUGUGGGAAGAGGACAUUUCAGGGCCCGCCCUGGGCAGUGCGUGACUGUUGCUGUCGACGCAAUGUGGUUGACACACACAGGUGGUGGGCGAGGUGCAGGGAAUCGCCGCGUGGAUGCUUGUCACCUCAGACUAGGAGGCCCAAGGAGACGUGUCAGGAGGAGAAAGGUCAGCUUAGCUUGCAGGCUGAUGUGAGGGGUGGCCUCACACAGCAUCACUUCCCCCUUGCCCCUCUGCCUCUUUAGGAAAGCCCCACACAUCACGUUAGGAACCCCUCCUGCUGUUCUGACCUGCCUUGGGGCGUGAUGUGGGAGAAGUGAGCACUGGUGAGGUCGGCACAGCAACAGUCCCCACCCUGCUUCCCCUUCUCUAGGAAUUGGAGUUGGGGUUAAAGGCCAAAUGCCCUUCUCCUACUCCCCCACGUUUCUCACUACUUCAUCACAAUUCUAUAUAGGGAUAUUGGCCUUUCCUGAAUUUACCACGUAAUCGACAUCAGUGUCCAGCUGCAAUCACUGUGUCCAUAGAUGAUGUCAGUAUGCUGGCAUUUGUUGGACAAAGAGUUGGCUUCCUUUUAAAAAAGUUCUCCCCAUUAUCUCCUUUCCCAACACCUCCCACCACUUACCACUUCUGAAUGACAAAAUCUUUCAGCAGAAGCAUGUUUGGGUCUUUCUGAGUCUACAACAUGGUAUUAAUAACCAAAGAACCAGUUUACAAGACUAACACCUCACAGAAGAGCAGGGAAGGACACCCAGCUGUGCAGCCACUGUCCCAUUAAGUGUGUUCCUGACUCUGGUGUGUGUGUGAAUUGGGGACAGGGCAGGUUUGCUGACACGCAAGCCACCUGCAGACCAAGGGGAAGCUCACACCCUUCCCCAUUCUAUGGGGUCAAAUGUAGCUUGGUUUGCAGAGAAGAGUUCUUGAUGGGUGAGAAGCACUCCAUUGGGUGUCAGACCUAGGUCUGAGUGGGCUGAUCCUCCUGGCCACCAUUUCUAUAAGGCGACUGAGGGCAGUCUGUGGGCCCAGUGCUAGGCAUGUUUGAACACAGGCUCCAUUGCAAAUAAAUGAGGCUACUCUGGAUAUUAGGUGGAAGAUACAGUCCAUUUUUCCCCCUUUCCUGUUAUGAACUAGUGGUUUAAUGUUUUUAUUUUGAUAAAUUUAGAUUUACAGAAAUGUUGUAAACAUUCUCAUUCACCCAUCUGGAGUCCAUAAAUGUUAAUAUCUUGCCCCAUUUGCUGUAUUCUUUCCCCAUACACAUUUUAUUUUCCUGGAUCAUUUGACAGUAAGGUGCAGAGAUAAUGUCCCUUUGGUCCUACGCAUGUUUAUUUCUUCCAGAGAAGGACAGUACCGUAUAUGGCCACAGUACAGUUAUCAACAUCAGGAAAUAAUUGACAUGAUACCAUAAAACCUGCAACAAACCUUAAUCUGAUUUUGCCAUCGAGUUGCCACAUCUUUUUUUAUAUAUAUGUUUUUAAAAUUAAUGGAUCAUUGAAUAUACACUCUUAUGAAGGUUUUACAAGAAAAACAAGUGUUUACUACAUUUACCCAUAUUAUCGAGUCCCCCCCACGCCCCAUUGCAGUCACUGUCCAUCAGUGUAGUAAGAUGCCACAGAGUCAUUACUUGUCUUCUCUGUGCUACACUGUCUUGUUACCACGUCUUUUUAGCCUUUUUUAUUUUUGAAGGGUGCAUGACAUCUACAUUUUUGAAAAACACAGGCUAUGUAUUUUUAAGGAUGUCCUUCGACGUGGGUUGUUCUGAUUGAAUUCAGGCUUUGUACUUCUGGUGGAAAUUCCACAGAAGUGAUGCUGUGUCCUGCGCAUGACAUGUCCUGUUUCUGGAGAUAUUGCCAUGACCCAUCUGUCCCGUGUUCUUUCGUCACUUGUUUACUUUCCAGCAUAGCAAUAUGUUCCAGGUUUGUCUUGCACCUUCCAUGUCCCAGCCCUGAAACCUGCCAUUUCUCCAAGGAGCCCUAGUACCUUCCAGUGGGGAAUGGUAUUUAGUAAAAAAGAUAUGGUUGUUGGACACGCUCAUUGCUACUGGGCUGUCACUACUUUUUGGUCCUUUAAACAGAGUUGGAAAUAGCACCACCUACAUCUGUAUUUCACUAUCAUAAACAUUAAAAACUGAGUUCACAGUCAUACUUCCAAUUUCAAAACACUAAAUGAUUUCUUUCUUUCCCCUUUUUAUAUUUGUAAUUCCCUUCCUUGACAGGGAUAAACCUGACUCCAUUAUCCGUAAUAUAUAUUUGCUCAAUCCUAGAAUACACAGAAAGUACUUUUGGCAUAGCUAACCUACACGUCUGUAAAAAAGAAGCCUACUAACUAGAGUUUAAUUUUUGCUUAAGAGUCCUUUUUUGUUGAGGGCAUAUAGUCAAAAUGUGGUAUUCAAAAUUUACUUUGGGCGUUUCUCCUAUUCAUUGUAUGUAAAUCUUGUGAAAUAUGGUUCCAGGCAUAUAUUCCAUUUUGUUUUAAUUUUUAGUCCUUGUUUAUUUUUAAAUAAUAUAUUAACAUGGUUCUCAAAGUCAGAACUUUACAAAACGUAUAUUUAGUUGAGUGUCCUCUUCCUCCACUCCCGCCCCCGAUGGUAACUAGUCUCUUUAGGCUCUGGUUUCUCCUUCUUGUGUCUCUUUUUGCACAAAUGAGUAAGAUAUGUGUACAUUUUCUCUCUCCUUUCUUUUACAAAAUGUAUCACACUGUAGUUUUGCAUAUUGUUUUUUUCCAAUUGACAGCAUACCUGGAAACCACUCCACAUCAGUUCUUCCUCACUCUUUUAUCAUUAUCAUUUAUAUCUGUAUUAUAUUUCACUGUGCGGAAUUGUCAUUUCAUGUUUGACCACUCUUCUACAUGUAAAUAUUUAGGCUGUCUCUUAGCUUUUGCAGUUACAAACAAGGAGGCAAUGAAUAAUCUGUGCACACAUAUCUUCUUUAGUUAGAGGUAUAUCUUCAGGGUACAACCCUAAAAGUGGGAUCACGAAAUCAAUUAGGAGUUAGUGUAAUGCUCCUCCAUAACUGCUGUACCGAUUUGCUUUCCCACCAGCAGUGUAUGAGGAGCCUGUUAACCAUAGUCUCACCAACAGAAUGUGUGGUCAUACUUACUUUUGCCAAUCUGAUUAGUGAGAAAUGGUAUUUGCAAUGAUGUGCUUAACUCCUUUUCAGCUCCUAGACCUGAUUCCAAUGUGUGUGUGUGGUGGGUGUGGGGGCCUUUCCCCCUACACCCACCAUACACAACACUAAGCAAUUCUUGAACACCAGCAGGGUGUCCGAGAAUGCAACUCAAUUCUGAUGCUAUCUGCCUGGAGACAGUACCAGAUUCCCCAGGUUAAGAGUUCCGUCCUACAAGACUGCCCUUCACCCUUACCUCGAGACACUGGUUGCAAGCCUCAGGCAGUUACCUGUGUUUCUGACCUACUGGCUACAGAUUGGGGGCUCCAAUGACCUCCCUCUUAGUUUCAAUUAAUUUUCUAGAGUGGCUCACAGAACUCAGAACACUUACGUUUACCAGUUUAAUAAAGGAUACUGAAAAGGAUACAACUUAACAGUCAGAUGAAGAGAUGCAAAGGCAAGGUCCCAAAUAAAGGAGCUUCUAUCUUCGUGGGACUUGGAUCCUGGCUCCAUGGCAUGUGGAGGCAUUCUGGUUCCCAAGCAUGGAAGCUCUUUCC